AUGGUCGCACUUUCAAGUGAGAACAAAAGCAGUACUUCCUCUGUCGUCGCAGCACGUCUUCUUGGCUCUACAUGUUCAGGUCUAUGCGAGCUCAUGAUCUUUCAUCCCGUCGACACAAUUGCCAAACGUCUUAUGACCCAUAAAGAGCCUAUGCACGGUCUCUCUGGUCUUAAUCAAGUGAUCUUUCGUGAUGCUUAUGAGAAGCCGGUGUUUACGCGCUACCGUUCCCUAUUUCCAGGGUUGGGCUUUGCUGCUGGUUAUAAGGUCUCUCAACGUAUCUACAAGUUUGGUGGCCAGCCUGUGGUUAAAGACUACAUGUUUAAGAACCACGCUAAUUUCUUUGAGCAUACAUUUGGUGAGCGUAAUGCCAAGACCAUGAUGCAUGCCGCAGCUGGCAGUCUUAUUGGCGUAGGCGAGAUUGCUUUGCUGCCACUGGAUGUGCUUAAAAUCCGUGCACAAACUAACCCGGCGGCUAUUGCCGGUAAGGGCGUGGCUCAUAUUUUCAAGACAGAGGGCUUUGCACUGUAUCGUGGUGCUGCCUGGACCGCUGCACGUAAUGCGCCCGGCUCAUUUGCACUAUUUGGUGGAUCAGCUCUUGCGAAAGAGUACCUGUUUCAGCUGGAAAACUACAACAAUGCUACAUUCUUCCAGAACUUUGUAGCUUCUAUCUUGGGUGCCUCGGCUAGUAUCAUCGUGGCACAGCCGCUGGAUGUGGUCAAAACACGGAUUCAGUCGCGCCCAUUUGACUCGCCAGAAAGUGGCAUGACAAUUGUGCGCAACCUGCUCAAGGCGGAAGGUCCAGGUGGUUUGUUCAAGGGUCUGAUCCCCAAGCUUUCUGUGGUCGGCCCCAAGCUUGUGUUCUCGUUCGCUGUUGCUCAGCAUCUGAUUGCGUACUUUGAGAAGUCCUUUAGCUCUUGA